CCACAAUUUUGAAACAACGAAGAAGAAGAACAGCUUUGUGUAUUUCCGGUUAGAUAAGAUGGCUCAGGGCUCGAAGAAGUUUAAAGCUCAGCGGCCUGGAGCCCCUAAAAAACACCAACAAAACAAGCAGAAAGGACCGAAGAAAGGAGGGAGGAUCAUUGCACCUAAGAAGGCUCAAGUGGUUCAGCAGCAGAAGCUGAAGAAGGGUCUAGAGGUUGCCAUCAGGAACAAGAUUGAGCAGGAGGUGACGCAGAAGGCAAGCUCGUCCCUUCACAAGCCACUGAGUGUGGUUAAAGGGGCUGAAGGUAAAGGCAACCCAGGAGCAGCCCGUCCAGGAACCAGCUCCAAUUAGGACAUGAUGCACAGACCUGAGGCUGAGCGUGCUAAACUCAAGGACUUAGUCACAGGGUCAAUGAACGACAUUGAUCCUGUGACUCAGAUUUAAGAUACACGCCAGCUGUCCUGUGGCUUUUGAUUCCUGAAUAUUUCAGCCGACUUCAGACAUGUAGAAGUAGUCAGAACCCUUCUUGUACAGAUGUAUGUUAGUAGUUUUACAGUUUACAAAUGAAUGUAUAAAAUAAGAGACGUGCUAGAUGUGAUGUGUGUCACAGGGUCAUGGGAAUUAUAUACACCUCCACUAGGGGGCACCACAGGACUGUAUUGACUCUCAUGGAGUUUCAGAUUUGUUUGCUUGUUUCUCAUUGUAAAAAUCCUGAUUGAAAACAGAACAUAAGAAACCAUGAUUUUAUGACCUUUGGGUUGUUCUAUUGUAUGAUUGUACAGAAAACAACGAAUAAUCAGAGUAAAAAAAUGUGAGUCUUAAACCUG